CGGAGAAUGGAGAGAGCCGCUAACGACGCGCCGCCGCUAGCCUGAAACAUCACUCACAACACACCAAAAAUCUUCAACAAUUAACCUCCGGGGGGACGCGUACAUUUUAGCGUGACAUAUCCAGAAGCCGUGUCCGGACCGUGUGGAUUAAUCAGAGCGGAGGUCUUUCACCUUCUCCUUCCUGUGACAGAUGUUCAGGCCAGAGAUCAGCCUGCUCAACAACUGUUAGAGGUGACAGGGCGAGGACGGGGGAGGCGUGUCGGUUAGCUGUGCCAGGUUUUGUCUCAUGAGAGUGACUGUGCCAUCCAGGCACUGCCAGUGACUAGGGCUGUGGCUGUGGUGGGCCCGGCCCAGGAGGCCUUUUUGUACAUCACUCCGGGCUCCCGCUGACCUGUGCUGCUCACGCCAUGGAUCAACAGAGAGAUAAAUAUGGCGAGCGGCCCGCCAGGAGCACUAAAGUUUCCCAGGGAAGCCGCAGCGGACACUCGUCCCGACCAUCUGGCUCCUCCAGCUCAUCUGGGGUCCUCAUGGUGGGGCCAAACUUUCGUGUGGGCAAGAAGAUCGGCUGUGGAAACUUUGGUGAAUUGAAGCUAGGUAAAAAUCUCUACACCAACGAGUAUGUAGCUAUUAAACUGGAACCAGUGAAGUCGAGGGCACCACAGUUGCAUUUAGAGUACCGAUUCUACAAAACACUGGGAACUACAGCUGAAGGUGUGCCCCAGGUGUUUUACUUUGGGCCCUGUGGGAAAUACAAUGCCAUGGUUCUGGAGCUGCUGGGCCCGAGUCUAGAGGACCUCUUCGACCUUUGUGACAGGACCUUUUCACUGAAGACUGUCUUAAUGAUAGCUAUUCAGCUGAUUUCUCGAAUGGAGUAUGUGCACUCUAAAAACCUCAUCUAUAGAGAUGUAAAACCUGAAAACUUUCUCAUCGGACGGCAAGGGAACAAAAAGGAACACAUCAUCCACAUCAUUGACUUUGGUCUGGCCAAAGAAUACAUCGACCCAGAGACCAAAAAACACAUUCCAUACAGGGAGCAUAAGAGCUUGACCGGCACUGCCCGAUAUAUGUCCAUCAAUACACAUUUAGGGAAAGAGCAAAGCCGGCGAGAUGACCUGGAGGCCUUAGGCCACAUGUUCAUGUAUUUCCUUCGUGGGAGUCUACCGUGGCAAGGACUAAAGGCCGACACGUUGAAAGAAAGAUACCAGAAGAUCGGAGACACAAAACGAAACACUCCCAUCGAGGUCCUCUGUGAGAACUUCCCAGAGGAGAUGGCCACCUACCUGCGAUAUGUGAGACGGUUGGACUUCUUUGAAAAGCCUGACUAUGAAUAUCUGCGGACUCUGUUCACUGAACUGUUUGAGCGAAAAGGAUACACCUUUGACUACACUUACGACUGGGUUGGCAGGCAGAUACCCACACCAGUGGGGUCUGUCCACAUAGACUCUGGAGCAUCAGCUGUGACGAGAGAGAGCCAUCCUCACAGAGACCGGCCCUCACAGCACCCACCAAUUAGAAAUCAGACAGCGGUCUCAGAUCGACGAGGAGCAUGGGAGGUGCAGCCCACACGCCAAGCAAACUCCUCCUAUCUGACCUCCCACCUGGCAGCGGACAGGCACGGGGGCUCAGUGCAGGUGGUCAGCUCGACCAACGGGGAGCUGAACGCAGACGAUCAGCCGGCAGUUCAUUCCAAUGCUCCCAUUACAGCUCAGGCAGAGGUGGAAGUGGUCGACGAGGCCAACUGCGUGAAAAUGCUCAACCUGUGGUGCUGCUGUUUCUUCAAGCGAAAACGGAAGAAGAACACGCCGAGGCACAAAUGAUCGUCCACCGCCCGGCCUGAAACGCUCCAAGUGUCCGGCUCAGUUGAUUGUGAUUUCAGAAAUCAAUAAGGUCCCAUACAGAAUAAAAGAGGGAGACAACUGAAAGAUCUUGAUAGAAUUGUCUUCUGGAGGGACCUGUUUAAAAAUGGUUUGUUGAGAUGUACAAGACGCUUAUGUCUUUUGAUGGGAGUCCUUCUUAAUUUUUUCUUCGUUUUUUUUUUUUCCUUCUCCAAGAUGUGUGGGAAUGUUUUGCAGGCCAGUCGUCCAAACAGGGAACCUUUUUGUUGGAAUUUUGCAGAGGAUAAUCUUCUUUUUUUCCUCCCCAAGACACCCAUCAUUUGUAAUUUCCUCUCCUCAAUUUUGGCAUAUUUUUGCUCCUGAUUCUCUUCUGUGGUAUUGCAAAGGAAGAGACAGAUCUUCCUGUGGAAUCUUGCCACCCUCAGCCUCUAGCAUACCAUGAUUUCUUUGUUUGACUCAUGUUUUCAUUUUCCCUCCGUCAAGUCCCAGUUCAAAGUGGUUUACCCCCUUGUUAGUUUGCUAACUCAUUUUGACACAAAGCCCUUUUGGUUAUGCCUGACGUGGGACUGAAUGUAAACCUGAACACACGAGGAGCCAAGAGUGUGACUGCCUACCUUCAGGCACAAAGAGCAUCAGUCUGCUAUUUGGCCCCUGCACUUUUUUCCUCCAAAGAGGUCAACCCUGGCACUGGGCCCCGGGCCUGAGAGAACAGAAGACCAGAGACGCCUCCUGCACUGUGUUCUCUGAGGAUGAUUUCUGCUCACGCUGCUUGGUUAAAGCACUCCCCUUAACCACGCCGCUGUUGAAACACACUACAGUCUCUUUUGACUCACAUGCAGUUUUGCUCUUGUUGGCUUCGUGAUAAUGAGCAGCAACCUUGACACUUGUACAUGGGGCUGGGGAAAAAAAUGCUAUUUAUGCUAUUUAUCUCUUGGUUGCCACCAGUUUUCUAACUAAUUCUAAAACAUACACACUGAAUGUAUGGACAGAAAUGACUCUGGAGAAUUUAUGUCACCUAUCAUGUGCAUGGGAAGGAAAUUGCAGUUAAGACCAAUGUAAAAAAAAAAGGAAAAAAGUCAGACCAAAACUGCGUGAGUUAGAGUUGGAGGAUCUUAAAUGUUCUUAAUCUUAAUAAUGUGAUGGUUAAUAAUGGACUCUACACUGCGGGCUUUGGAGUGACAAGAGAAACUGGCGUGAUGUGCUUCGGAGAAUGAAUCACCGCCUCUCGACGCUACUGUCCAAUGCCUUAACCCCAACCGACCGACCGACCAGUCGACCACUACAUCACAUCGCACCACCAGUUGGAUAAAUGAGUUGGCAGCAUGAUGUGUUGUGCAAAUUUGCAGCGCAAUUUUUUGGGGUCACUUGUGUAUAAUAAAGCCCAAAGUUGCGGACUGUUCCCCGGCUAGUAUCAGAGCAGUUAAUGACUUCCCGUGUUACGCUGAAGAUUUGUUCCCGAGAGCGAGCGAUGCCAAAUGGAAGGUUUGGUGUAAUAAUCUGUAAUGGUGUUAAGACGUCCCUGCCCCUGCGUGUCCAGUCUGAAGACCCCUGUGCUGCAAAGUUUUAAGUUUGGACGACUCUGCUAAACCCCCCCGGUCCCUCUCCUCGACACAGAGAGAGAACGUCAGCGCCAGCGAGGGCGGAUAAGUGAACGUGUCCAUACCAUUUUUAUUUUUAAUUUAGUGUCAUGGAGGACUGCCUUGAAACAAUAUCCUCGAUAUGUCACCUUGCCUAUCCUCCUAACAGAGAGUGAAUUACCGUACAUAGGUGUUUUAUUUUUUUAUUUUAUAUCUUGCUAAUGUGAAUUUUUUUAAUGCAAUUUUUUUUUCUCCAUUCCAAAUAGCCAUGGUUUUAUGGGGAAAGAGGGUAACAAAAAAAAGCUUGAGACCAUGACUGCACUACAUUUGUUGACCCCGGCUUUCCCUGACAAGACCCUGCCUUCUUAAUACUGUACUUUAAACGUGCUUAUUACUUUAAUUGUAGCUGCCUCGUGUGCUAGGCCUUCCCUAUAGGGUGCAGGGAAUACACUUUAAAUCGACUUUUAUCCCCGCCCACUCUUUUUUUUGUGCCAUGACAGCCUCCCUCCCCCCUUACUCUCUGCACACAUGCACGCACACACACACACACACACACACUCACUCACAGACAGGCUUGGGUGAUAUCUAGGUUUUCAUACAGUCACACAUUUCUGACAUUUCACCGGGGUAAGCAGUAUAUGGUGAUAUUUGUGCAUAAUCCGUAGUUUAAGCUGGGAGAUUUGUUCUUCGUUUCACAAUCUUAAACAUUUCACAAUUCUUAAACAUAAAAAGUAGAACUCCGAAUUUAAGUUUAACAAAUUAAAACUAGCUUUAUUGUGUUGUUAACUCAUCUAAAACACACUUUUUUCAAACUCGACAGAAACAUAAUAAACUUAACAAACCCCCCUUUUUAGUCUUUCCACUUUUCCAGCAACCACAAAUUCUGGUUUGGUUUAAAUAAAUCCUUAAUUCAACGAGUGAGCAUAAAAACACAGUGUUUUCCCUGCUGUGGCUCUCUGCCGACAACGAUUCUCUCAAUUUUUGUCGCCAGUCCAUUGAAUUUGCAAAAAAUUACAAAAAUCGCUCAAAACUGUUGUCUGGCUCACUUUUGUCAUUGGAACUAAACCUAAAAUACUCCCAGACACUGUUUCUGAAUCAUCCUGUAAGUCGCCGUAUUUCUCAGCUCAGCCGUCUCUUCCAAGUAAAGCCUGACCUCUUGUGGUGCAGUCUGUGCACUACACAUCACCUAAAUACAGCAUCGCUCAGUCAGUUUAAUACAUAGACUAAAAGAGCAUAGUCUGUAUUUUUUAAAAUAUUAAAAAUCUUACUGUCUGGAUUUGGAGCUACUCUGCUUUACCGUGAUACUGCCCAAGCCUACAGGCAUGCACUCACAUGCAAGUCCUAGAUGAAUCAACCCUCAGCAGGGUGUUAGAUUUGGAGUUUUGUGGACCUGCUCCAGCAUCUUUAGAAAUAAAAUGUUGUAAACUAUCUCAAUGAAUCAGUAUGUAAACCUGCUUGUUGCGUGUAUUUACACUGUAUAGCUUUUGGUUCAUUCUCACCCCUGACAUGUCAGUUAAUCCGGGGUCUAAGUUAUUGUGUUAUUGAAAGUACUUGAAUAUGAAAAAUCUACGGGACCUUUUUUCUGUUUUUGUUUUUAUUUUCUUGGUCAUUAUCAUCGUAAAUCCACACAUAGGAUUUGAGGGGAAUGGCGGGGAAGAAAGACCGGCUAUUUGAAUGACAGGUAUUCGUUUCUUUAAGAUGUCUUAGUGCCUCUUGAGUGUGUUGGGCAGGUGUCAGACUCACCUGUGUUGUCCUGUGCUAGCUGGUGUUUAUUGAUCAGAUUAGGGUUAAUGUUUUCACCCCCCCCCCCCAGGAGAUGCAGUUUGAUGUUGGUUUGGAGGUUAAAGUCACUUUUCAGUCUCUGUGAAAACAUGCGUAAUGUUGUCUGUGAAAUCAUUAUGUCAGACACCAAACCUGUGACAUCUGCUGCCCGUGAGUCUCACCACAAAGCGUCAGCAGCGCCCGGACUGUUUCAUUCCAGCUACCUGACAAAAAGUUGAAAGUAUUUCCGUAGAGUGAGAUGGAUAUCCAGACGAUAUAGCCUUCAGCGUUCCCCCUGAAUUCCCUGAGUGCCAUUCCUGAGACUACUACUACUACUAGCCCAUGCCUUUUACCUGUGCCAGGAAAAUAUGAAGUUGAAUGUUUUGUUUUUUUUCAAACCAUCGCAUUCCACCUUGUGUCCUUGACGUGUCCACUGUCAUUUUUUUUUUUUUUUUUAAUCGCAGAGCAACGUGGCUCAAUUCAGUACCAGGAAGUGUUGUUGGAGUCGGCGUCAGAAAAAAAAGUGUUUUAUGAGUCGCUUCUGUUGGUUUGGAACCAUUUUUAUCGACCAAGUUUCUUAUUUCAGAUUUGUGACAUCUGCUUCUUCCUUAAAAACUGUGGGUCGCCUCGCUCUUUAGCUCCCGGCUGAAAUGGUAGAUAUAGAUAUAUUACUCUGAUGUAUUUACUUUUUACUCUCUGGGCCUCGUACAGAGCGAUAUAGGUGUACUCUGUAUGGUUUGUAUCUGCAUGGCUUAUGUGGAGACGACAGCGAACGCCGGUCUCUCUCUCACCUGUAGGGCUCGUAUACUGUUGGGUCAGUGAAACGUUAUGGCUUCCAGUCCUCAUGUAAAAUAAAUAACUUUUUCAUGUCUUCAUGUCACAGCACAUUCCAUUUCAGUUCCCUUUAUUUCUGACAUGCUUCACUUCAGUCAGACUCGUGUUUAUGGCUUUGGUUGUGUGUAAGUCACAUUUGUGUGUGUCAAAGCUGUGUAAAUCAAAGCAAAGGACAGUUAAGUGUGAAUGAACGGCUUAGGUCUUUAUGGGUUCUCUGGCACUUUUUCCUUGUUGCUGUACUGUAGAAUUGUCUUGGAUUUACUGUAUAUUUUUCUUUGAGGGAGAGGUUUAGGGUGACAUUUACUGCAAUAUUGUGAUGAUUAUUUGAGAAUUGUAAAUUGUACAGAGUUCACAAUUAUACUCUUUGUUCUUUCUGUUGGGAUUCCACAUAAAAUAUGUAUUCUUUGAUUAUUUUUAUUUCCUCUGACUGUGGAAAAUCAAAUUGUACAGCUCCAAGAGUUUAUCCUCCCCUCAGCAUUGUUUUUUUUUCAGAGCUAUGAUUAAGAGAAAUCUUAAAACUGUAAAUAAAUAUUAUUGUGUUGAAAUAUGAAUGUCACUUCAAAAAUGUAUUUGAAUGAGUUAGUCAAGGGCUUCAAGAAUGAAGGACCCACAUUUCUUCUUUUUAUGGCUUCAUUUUUUUUUAAUUUACAGAAAGUUAAAGGUCCUUUUUAUCUGAGAUGCCUAUGUUGUUUUUCCUCCUUGGACUCAUAUAAUACAAUGUGUCACACACAGACCUUAUAAAAUCACUUUUUAUUCCCUCCACACCUAAAGGGAAACUCCAGUUUGCACCCUUUUUUAUGUAAAAUAAAAGAUCUCUCCACCUUG